CCUUUUUUCUUUUUUCUUUUUUUUAAUUAAUUAUGAUAAAAAUACCUAUACUUGAUCGUUUAACCUUUAGAGAUUAUCAAGGUUUGGUUUUUACCAUUCUUUUCUUUCUCUGUGAAAGCGUCAUUCGGAUCAUUGUAUUGAUUUUACCAAGAUUUGUUAUUAAAUGGAUUGACGUAGUCAUUCGUUUGUAAGUCCAUUGUAUGAUGAUGAAUGACUAUUUUUUUUUAAUAAUAAUAAUUAAAAUGGUUCCAAGCCUUUUUCCAUGGUUAUUAAAAGUAGAACAUAAGCCUCAUGUUAGCCCUUUAGAGAAAGCUGAAGGAUUUGAGAAGAUGGUUCGAUAUUGGAAAAACUAUGAGUGUGAACAACAUCUUGUUCGUACUCAGGAUGAUUAUCUUUUAUGUGUACAUCGUAUUCCAGCUUUAAAGGUACCACGUCAACCACCUACAGUGAAAAGGAAUAAAGAAUAUGAAGCUAAAAAGGGAGUUGAAGUCAUUGAUAAUUUAGAUAAAUUUAUGAGGCAAAAGUUACCUGUUAAUAUUGGCUAUCAUGGAAAGCCUGUUGUACUUUUGUAUCACGGGUUUUUAAUGUCUUCAGAAGUUUGGGUAUCGAAUAUUGAAGAAUAUAAUAAUUUACCUUAUAUCUUGGCUAGUCGUGGUUAUGAUGUUUGGUUAGGAAAUGCUCGUGGUAAUAAAUAUUCUCAAUAUCAUGUUAACCUUAGUCCUCGUCAUCAACCCUUUUGGAACUUUUCGUUAAAUGAAUUUGCAAUGAGAGAUUUACCUGAUACAGUGAAUUAUAUUUUAUCAGAGACUGGUGCCUCUAGUUUGACAUAUAUUGGCUUUUCACAAGGUACUGCUCAAGCAUUUGCAGGUCUUUCUUUAAAUUCAGAUUUAAAUAAGAAAAUCAAUCUUUUCAUCGCUAUGGCUCCAGCAACAACUCCUAAAGGAUUAAAGCAUCCCCUUAUUGAUGCCUUCGUAAAAGCCACUCCUAGUGUCAUCUAUCUUAUGUUUGGUCGAAAGACACCAUUAAAAUUAGCUCUCUUUUGGCAACGUUUCAUAAGUCCACCUCUAUUUGUAAAAGUCAUAGAUGCUAGUGUAAAGUUCUUAUUUGGUUGGACAGGAGAGAAUAUGACAGUAGAUCAAAGGACAGUCAGUUAUCAACAUCUGUAUUCACUUACAAGUGUCAAAUCCUUAGUGCACUGGUUUCAGAUCAUUCGUACUGGUCAGUUUCAGAUGUAUGACGAAAUGCCUAGUCGAUUACCUUAUCAUACUGUCAAUGCUGUUGCAGAUCAUAUCCCUCCACGUUUUCCAACGCUUCAGAUCAAGACACCUAUUUCCAUCUUUUACGGUCGUUCAGAUUCACUUGUUGAUUUUCAUGUUUUAGCUGCUGAUUUACCUUCUCCACUAGCCUAUGUAAAAUCAAUCGAGAAGUGGGAACAUCUAGACUUUUUAUGGGCGGAUGGUAUUGAAAAGAUUGUUUAUCCUGAUAUUCUCAAGUUGUUGGAUUAUUUCAAUCCUUUAUUAGAAGAUAUCAUUGACAAUGAAGAUUUCCAACAACAAAAGGAAGGUUUAAAAAAAAACAGUGCUGAGGAAGAAGUUCUUUCUUCAUUUUAAAUUAAUAGCAGCAAAAAAAAAAAAAAAAAAAAAAAAAAAAAU